AUGAGUGCUACUAUGACAGUCACAGCCCCGCCGGAAAUCACGGCCGACAAUGUGGCUACCCUCUUCCCCGAUGUCGAUACCUCCCUGGCUCGGAAUGUCCUCCCCACCGCCAACAGCAACGCCGCUCACGAAGGGGCUGAACUCGAGGGUUACGACGAGGAACAGGUUCGUCUGAUGGACGAAGUCUGCAUUGUCUUGGAUAAGAAUGACCGCCCUAUUGGCAGCGCCAGCAAGAAGGCCUGCCACUUGAUGACCAACAUUGACAAGGGUCUCCUGCACCGUGCUUUUUCCGUUUUCCUGUUCGACUCCAACAAGCGCCUCCUUUUGCAACAGCGCGCCACCGAGAAGAUCACUUUCCCCGACAUGUGGACCAACACCUGCUGCUCUCACCCUCUUGGAAUCCCCGGUGAGACCGGUGCGGAGCUCGAUGCUGCCAUUAUGGGCGUGAAGCGCGCUGCGCAGCGGAAGCUGAACCACGAGCUGGGCAUCAAGGCCGAACAGGUGCCACUGGACAAGUUUGAGUUCUUUACCAGAAUCCACUACAAGGCCCCGAGUGAUGGAAAGUGGGGUGAGCACGAGGUGGACUAUAUUCUCUUCAUCCAGGCAGAUGCCGACCUGGAGCCUAACCCGAAUGAGGUGCGGGAUACCUGCUAUGUCUCGGCGGACGAGCUGAAGGCCAUGUUCCAAAAGCCCGAUUUGAAGUUCACUCCCUGGUUCAAGCUGAUCUGCAGCUCGAUGUUGUUCGAAUGGUGGAGCCAUCUGGGCACCCCGGCCCUGGAGAAGUACAAGGGCGAGACGGAGAUUCGUCGGAUGUGA